UCAUCACAAUUUUCUCAUCAGCCUUAACACUAGCUACCCUAACACAAAAGGCAUUGGCUACUUUCGCUUUCCCUUGCUAGUCGCCGGCCCCCUGAUCAUGGCUACCUCACCGAAACUCAUCCCUAUCCUCUUCCUCUUGGCCUUCUUCUUCAUCCAAAUCCAUGCCAGGGAAUUCUUCAGCAAAAUCCCAAGAGUCAACAACAAUGAGAAAGAGUCGACGACUGUCCCUAACACGAGAGAGCAAGAGCAUGAGACCUUCAUCCCCGAGAACGAGAAGACUUCACUUCCCAACAGGGAAGAGGAGACUUUUGGGAGGCAAGAACAAGAGCCGAGGUUUAUCCCCGAGACCCGAAAUGGCUAUGGCCUUUAUGGACAUGAGUCAGGCCAGUUCCCUCCCACCACCACCACCACCACCACCACCAAAGAAACCUACGAACCCUAUGUUACCCCUGUCAAAUACCACGCUGAUGAACCCUACAACAUGAUUCCUGAAGCCAACAACAACAACAAGAACACUUACUACUACAACAAGAAUACCUACGAGACCGAGAAGCAAAACUUGGGUGAGGCCAGGUUCACGGAGAGAGGGUGGAGCACCAAGGAAAACCAGAACAACAACUACUACUACGGCAACAAUGGCUACAACAAUGGUGAGAAGCAAGGCCUGAGCGACACCAGAUUCUUGGAGAAUGGAAAGUACUUCUAUGAUGUUAAGAAUGAGAACAACUAUUACGCGAACCAGUUCGAGAACUCCAGGGGAGUUGCUUCAAGGAACGAGUACAAUGAGAAUCGUUACCGCAACAUGGGAAGGUACAACCAGAACCAAGAGGAGUUCGAAGAGAACGAGGAAGAGUUCGAGCCCUGAGCUGUGUGCAAUCUACCGUCGAGUGAAGAACAUCAAGUAAAACAAGUGGUUUUAGAUGUUUUAAGUAUGGUAAUUAAUUAACAAGGAAAAGAGUAAAGAAGAUAAAAUUUUAUUUAUUGGGUCUUGCGGUUAAGUUGUGAUCCUUUCAUUUCCUGGUUUGCAUAGUCCUUUGCUUUGAAAUGCUGAAGGUAUGAGAGUUAUGUUUUUUCUUUUUU